AUGGAGCAGCUUCUCAAAGAUGUUCAUGUUGCUUCGUCAAGUUCUCAAGAAGCAGUGGAUGUUACCUUUGAUGUAUCGCUUCCUCACAGCAAUGUUGUAGACAAGUCAGAUGGUCAUGGUUGUAGCAAGGAAAGUUCUAGGGAGAAGGUCGUAGAUGAGCCAACAACUGACAAGGUGUUUGAGCCAGCUGAAGGAGCUCGAAGCAACUGUGCAAGUAGCAUUGUUCAUGAGCCUAAUGGAGGCGAUGUGGUUGAGCUGGGCAUAGGAACUAGUGCUGUUGUCAGUGAGAACCUUGCACAAUGUUUUGAGACUGCAAAGGAGAAAGUGUCCAGUGGUGAAGAUACUGAGCAUGGUCACCAACUCAGCCAGCGCAAUCACUCUGUGCCGACUAGUGUGGCUGGACAUUGGAGUGAUGUUCCAUCAAUGAGUGUGUUCCAAGAGGGCACUGAGGAAUAUGAGUGGUGGAUCAGUGUCCCAAAUGUAGAUGCGAACUCGAAUGCUCCAACCCAUGGCAACACUGUUACAACACCAAAGUCUUGUGAUGUUUUUUAUGUCACUCCUCAGGCUCCAAUCUCAACAGAAGCAGAAGUUCCAGUGUAUGAUGUCACACCAACCUCUGUGGCUCCAUUAUCAAGCGGGACUGCCGAUGGACCAUCAAAACCACAAGAAGAGCCAGUUGUUCUAGUUAGCAGCAGGGAACCAAGUCCCGACCUCAACGAGGAGAAGUUGAAGAGCAAGGACGAGAAGAAGCUCAAGAGCAAGAAAAGAUUAGGGAGUCCAAUGUCGGCUGGAUCAAAGUACAAGAAAAUCAAGACAGAUUCGAAGACGGAAGCAAUGUACCAGUACUAUGUCAUGAAGAGGUACAAGAUGAAGAAGAUGAAGAGAGGGGAAAUUGAGCCUCCUUUCAUUAGGAAUGGUGAUUUCCACAUUACCUACACGAACUUUCAGAAGUCGUUGAAGCCACGCGCUCAGAUAUGCAACGAAGUCAUGUCUUUAUUCGUCGAAACCUUCAACAUUGAACAGUUGUCGUCUUCACAUAAGCAGAAGAAAUUUGCUUUCUCUGUUUUAAUGAUCCUUCAACUCUCUGUCCACCCAGAAGUUUUUGAUCCAAGUGUUUGUGCAAGAGAGCUGAGGAGGGCGUGCCAAAAUUUUCAGAUUUCAGUUUUUGACCUACUUUUCUUCACCAUCCUUCGCGAUGGCCAUUGGAUUGUUUGCGUCGUUAACCUCUUGCACAAGGAAUUCAACAUGUUUGACUCAUUGGAUAACGGAAAAUUUGAUGUUGCUGCAAGGAAUCUGUUUACCAAUUUCAAGAGGAUCGCUACGGAAGAGCCAGAUUUCAAAGUGGAUUUAUCUUCUUUCAAACCAAACUGGCCCCUGCUUGACUACCCACAGCAGGCAACUCACUUUGAUUGUGGAUUGUUUUCAACACUGUACUUGGAAAAUUUCGACGGCAAGAGGAUGAAAGAUUUUAAGAAGCAAAAUAUGCUUGAUGUGCGGAAGACCAUUGCUUCGAAGCUGUUUUUCCAUCCGUUGAACAAGGUCUGCCCCGCUGAUGUGCACAAGGCGAUCAUAGUGGCUUGAAGAAAGUGAUCAUCAAGCAUUGAAGAAGGCGAUUGCAGCGGUUUUGAAGAUGCAACUUUGUAGUUUUUGGAAAUACAUUGUUGCCAGUAGUGUGCUAUGUUCUUUUUUGUGUCAAAUGAACUCCAUGUAAAGCAAAUCAGUUAUGAGCCUCUGCUUGGCUGGAAUGGUUCUCAGUAGUUUGUAGUAAGGAAACAUAAUUAUAUGUUUCGGUGAUUUUUUUGGAAGCUAUAAC